AUGCUGUUCGGCGAGUCGACCGACGUCGCAACCGCCGAGCAGCUGCUCGACACCUGCCUAGACGCCGGCGUGAACUUCUUCGACGCAGCGGAGAUGUACCCAGUUCCCCAGAGGGCGGAAACCUGCGGCCGCUCGGAGGAGGUGCUCGGCGCCUGGCUCGCCCGCCAACGCAGGGAUUCCAUCAUGGUCGCCACCAAGGUUGCCGGCCCCUCCGGCCAAAUGACUUGGAUCCGCGGCGGCCCCGCGUCGCUUGACGCGAGGAACAUAUCAGAGGCGCUGGACGGCAGCCUGAGGCGCCUCAGGACAGAUUACAUUGACCUGUAUCAAAUUCACUGGCCCGACAGGUACGUCCCCAUGUUUGGGGACGUCGAUUACGACCGGACCUGCGCCUACCCGUCUGUGCCGUUGGAGGAGCAGCUGGAGGCGCUUGGGCGCGCGGUAGCCGCCGGAAAGGUCCGGCACGUAGGCCUCAGCAACGAGACGCCAUGGGGUCUCAUGAACUUGCUGUGCCGCACGUUUGACUCGGGCCUGGCUGAAGUGUGCCACCUGGAGGCGGUCGGCCUGCUGGCUUACAGCCCCCUGGCCAUGGGGCUGCUGACGGGGAAGUACACAGCGCCGGGCGGUGGGCCCCCCGAGGCGCGGCUGAACAAGUACGGCCCGCGGCCCAACGUGCUGGCGGCCGUCGACGCUUACUGCGCCAUCGCCGCUUGCCACGGCAUGAGCCCUACAGAGCUCGCAUUACGGUUCGUCCUCGGCCGCCCGCUCGUCUCCAGCGCGGUGGUGGGCGCCACGUCGCUGCAGCAGCUAGAGGAGCUCCUGCGCGCCGCGCGCGCGCCCCCGCUGGCGGCGGAGGUGCUGUCUGAAAUCGACGGGGUGCAUGAGCGCCUGCCAAACCCCACGCCCUGA